ACGCAGGCAAGGCUCGGGACGCGGGGCUGCGGGCGCGGGAUGCUGGGCGCAAGGUGGCGGGCACCGCGCGGUGCUCUCUCCCCUGCCUCCCGCCUCGCCGAAAGUUUUCCCGCGGUGUCCCCUGCAGCGUCCAGGUGACCGGAAUCCCUAGGACGGGUUCUUCCAGAGGACGGAGGCUGUGCCUAGAGCCGGCUGGAAUUACAGCCUCCCCUUCUCAUGAAAAGCAAGAGGAAGAAUGGACUACAGUCACCAAACAUCCCUAGUCCCAUGUGGACAAGAUAAAUUCAUUUCCAAGAAUGAACUUCUCCUGCAUCUGAAGACCUACAACUUGUACUAUGAAGGCCAGAAUUUGCAGCUCCGACACCGUGAGGAAGAAGAUGAGUUCAUCGUGGAGGGGCUGCUGAACAUCUCCUGGGGGCUGCGCCGGCCCAUUCGUCUGCAGAUGCAGGAUGACAAUGAACGCAUCCGCCCCCCUCCCUCCUCCUCCUCCUGGCACUCCGGCUGUAACUUGGGGGCUCAGGGCACCAUCCUGAAGCCCCUCACCAUGCCCGACAUUCAGAUCUCAGAGGUGGAUGCCCCGGCCGAGAGUGACCAGAUGGCGAGCCCCACAGACUCCAGGGGCCUGAAGCCCUUGCAGGAAGACACCCCGCAGCUGAUGCGCACACGUAGUGAUGUGGGGGUGCGUCGCCGUGGCAAUGUGAGGACACCCAGCGACCAGCGGCGAAUCAGACGCCACCGCUUUUCCAUCAAUGGCCAUUUCUACAACCACAAGACGUCUGUGUUCACACCGGCUUACGGCUCAGUCACCAACGUCCGGAUCAACAGCACCAUGACCACCCCGCAGGUCCUGAAGCUGCUGCUCAACAAGUUUAAGAUUGAGAAUUCAGCGGACGAGUUUGCUUUGUAUGUGGUCCAUACUAGUGGUGAGAAACAGAAGCUGAAGAACACGGAUUACCCGCUGAUUGCCCGAAUCCUCCAGGGCCCAUGUGAGCAGGUCUCCAAAGUGUUCCUUAUGGAGAAGGACCAGGUGGAGGAAGUCACUUAUGAUGUGGCCCAGUAUAUAAAGUUCGAGAUGCCUGUCCUUAAAAGCUUCAUUCAGAAGCUCCAAGAAGAAGAAGACCGGGAAGUGAAGAAGUUGAUGCGCAAGUACACCGUGCUCCGGCUGAUGAUUCGGCAGAGGCUGGAGGAGAUAGCUGAGACCCCAGCAACAAUCUGAGCCACAAGAAGGGGAUCCAGACACCACAGGGGCUGCUGUUGAUAUAAGAUGCACAGGAAGCUGGGUGCAUUCCUUCCAUGGAUAUGUUUAAAUGCAAAUUUCUCCAAGCCACCAUUGGCUGCCCCGAGCAGGAUGAAGAAGCCAGCAGGCAACUCCCCAUCCUCAAGUCCCUGCACUGUUUUCUUUAUUCACAAAGACUUCUGAUUUUUGUUAUACAGAAGACCCAAAAUAUGAGUGUGUGUGUGUGAGCGUGUGUGUGAGCGUGUGUGCACAGAGCAUAUAACCACGUGCCUACCUGGUAUUUUCACAUGCAGUUAAAUUCCCAGCAAUCAGCACAUGUGCCAUGAGGCUGGCAGAUGUGCUGCUCAUGGCCAGGAAAGUCAGGGCAGUCACCGAUCUGAGGAGCUUUAUGCUUAAGAAAAGAUUUAUCCCCUCAAGUUCCGAGGAGCAGCCACACAUAUCUGCCCCUCUUUAGAAGGGUAAGGCUCCCCAUCUGGGAUAUUUAUAUGGGAGUAGAGAUUCUCCCUGUGUGUCUACAAGGAUGGGAGAAUGUGAGAGAUCCUUGGAGAGUAGCAAAAUGAUAACCAUGCUCUUGGGGUAGGCCCAGUGGAAAGAGAUCCAUCCUGGGGUAGAUGCAAUAAGCCCACAAGUUUUUACACUGGAAACUCUGAUUGUUUUAAAUAACAAAGAUAUAUGUGAGGGUCUGUGUAGGGUCUGCCUCCUUCCCCACUUCCAUGGCCACCUCAAGGGGACAGAAAGGGAAGCUGAUGUUUCAGCCCAGCAAGCUGCAGACCCCACCUCUUUGGUGCCUCCUUGAGUUGAAGGAAGGGUCUCAUGAAAUAUGUCUCACUGGUUUGUACCUGGCACUGACCAGCUAGCAUAGCCAGGGCUUGGCCUUGUUCUGAGAUGGAGGCUAGGGAGUUUCCCUCUGGGGAAAUGUAGAGGCUCCUUGCACAAAUGGCAGGGGUCUGUGAUACCAGCCCAUUUUCACAUCCUCAAGGGGGUCUUCCUGCACAUAGCUGAGGCUAUGUGUUUGGAGUCAAGGCUUUAUUUUUUCAGCCACUGGAUUGUUGCCCAUUGUCUUGGCCUCGUGCAUGGUGAUGGAUUCCAAGAACGAGGUCUUGUUCUGCUACUGACUGAGCAUGGGGUUCUGGGAAGCCUUUGGGCUGCCCUGUGAAGGUGCACAGGGAGGAUGGAGCUUCUGUCUCAGCCACAUGAGCAAUCUUUAGAGCAGACCCCAGUGGGGAAAAAGGGCAGGGACAGUUUGUCCCCUGUGGUCCCUGUUGGGAAGACCGUGAGGCAGCUGGGCACCGGAGUGACUGAUGCAGUUUGCAGAGGGAGAGACGAAUGCUUGGAGCAGGAAGCCUGACUGUGGACAUGAACCAAGCCAGGCCAGGAGCUCCAAACAGGAGAUGUCUGAGCCUUGUUGGGGUAGGGACACCCCCAUCCUGUACCUCCUCCCCAAGGAAGGUUUGGAGCACUGCACACUUGUGGAAAGGACAGCCACUAAUGUAUGCAGUGCCGUAAGGAAGGCAGACCUCUGCAGAAGAACUGGGCCCACCCUGGGGCCCCUCCUGCCCCCUGCCCACAUGGUGGUUUCCACAGCUUCUUUAGAUGGCUCACAGCUGUGGUUUCAUUGUUGACUUUCAAAAAGAUGGCAGGCUGCCAGCUGGCAUCAUGCCUGGGGUCUCCUAGCAAGCCGGCCUCUGCGGGGACAGCGCUGCCAGCCCUGCAGGGCAUGGACUGAAAAUCCAGAGGGCCUUUUUUUCAACCAUGUACCUUGGCAGGCUUCUGCAAAAUGCACAGAGAAAACUGGGGGUUGGGGGAGACGUUAUCUUUGUUAUGGAUGGGAAAGAGCAGUUCUUUGAAUGCAAACUUGCUUCCUGAGUUUUGCAUUUGAGAAAAUGACUUGGGAAACUUCUCUUCCAAUUAUAUUUAUUUUGAAUGUUCAAAGCCUUUGUUGGCUCUGAUAAUUCUCCUUGGGGGUCCACAAAGCAAGUUACUAACCACUAUUAUUGGACAGCUUUUUCUGUUUUUUCAAAUUUCUCUUUAAUUUGCACUAGCACUCUGAUAGUGUUAAAUAUGGAAAUGUUGCAAAAGAUCAGGUUUGCCAGAUCACUUCCUAAGAAAGUGAUGCUAAGGUAGACUUGACUUUUUAGAGAUGAGGUGUUGGUGUGGAAGUGAGGGGAAAAUCCCAUCUUACAAAUACAUUCUACUUAAUGCAGGCCACACUUUUCCACUUUGGCUCACCCCAGUUAGAGAUCAUUUCUCACAUCCUAAUAACACAAUCAUGAAUUUUGGAAAGGUUCUUUGAGACGGCAAUGGCUGAAACAGAGACACUGCCAAGGUGUGGAGCCGGAUUUUCUCACUGGUAUCACAUGGCCUUGCAGCUUUGAACCCCUCCACCGAUUUGUGUGGGUUUAUGUAACUGUGUGCAAUGAACCUGAAAUCGUGUGAGGAACAAAAGGCCAAUUUAUAGGUUUUUCCUGACUUGUGAAAAGCAAUAGAGCCACAUCUGGCUUUCUUGUUCCAGGGGCUUAUGUUACAAGGGGAUCAAAUGAAGGAAAAGCUGGAGUCCAUGUGGCUGGGAGGGACGCCUGUUCUCCCAGGUGAUGGUGGAACGAAGCACAAGGGCACAUGCUCGAUCACCUGAGUAGGAGGGUGAUAGUUAAGUAGGGGAGGGGUCCCUUGGGGUGGGGCUGAAAAGCACAAGCAACCGGCAGACCUGUGCGGGCUCACCUGUGUCUGCUGGUGAGGAGUGUGCACACUGGUCUCUGGGCUGCGUGGAUUUUGGAGGUUGAAGGGAGAGGAUCUCGGAUUAGCCACCCACCCACAUGAAAAAUGCUGAGGCCUGAAGUUGAGGUUUUGGCCUGAGAUUUCAAGGAGAAAUAUUUUCACCCUUCCCUCCUCUCUACCAAAAAGAAAACAAUAGUUUCUCUUUGAGAUCUCCAGAUAAAGACAUUUUAUCAUCAGUAUAGAUAGGACUUUGGCAUAUAAUGACAAAAAGAAAAAAAAAUCUGUUCUCAGAUGCAAAAAUGGCUUGGCAAGCAAGAAUCCUUUUGUGGAGCUGAGUGGUUAUUUCAGAGAGGAGAGUUAGAAAGAAAAGGGCAAGAAGCCUUUAAGAGAAUUUCUCCUUAAAGAAAAAAAAAUGAUUUGAAAUCUCCAUAGCAUGGAGAACAUGGUGCCAUAUCUCCAAGAGAGAAAUUUCUAUAUAACAAGUGAAUUGCAGUGUCUCCGUGACCAAACCAUGAUGUGGGGGCUCCUGGGAUCUCCCCAGGCUUCCUUAAUGCAGGAGCACACAUUUUGGAGUCUUGCUUGAGUAAGAUGAGAUGAGAAAUGAUUUUCUAGAGAGGCAGAAAUAGAAACAAAUGUGGCACCCCUUCUUUAGGUAGAAUUAAAAGUGUUUUUACCCUGUCAUGGGGGGUUACAGUGUCCUUGUGUUUUCACCAAGCACAAGACACAAACAAACUGAAGGGAAAGCAUCAGUUUACCCUUGGAGCCUUCCCGGCAGAUUGCAGGCCUGGUUCCCAGGUGGAUGGUUUCUGGUGUGUUACCGCUAGUGUUUCUUAAGGGUUUCCCCACUUGUUUUAGCUUUGUGAAGUAUUCUUUUCCUAAUCAUGACUUGCCUUUCCGCAAUGGUACAUGACCUGGUUCAAUGUUUGGUUCUAAAGUUAGAAACGGAUGCAUCGAGAUAUCUUAACCUAAUUUGACAAGGCCUCAGUAGGGAGCCAUACAUUUCUGUAACAUUUUGAUGUUUUAAUGCACCUGACUUAGAUCUUGUUGAAAUAAAGCACUUUUCAAA